AUGUCAGGCGUUCAUUUCCUAAAUGACGUUUUAGUUCGAAAUGAGGACCACGACAACUAUCUCGACGGCAAGGCCCACAAGGCUGCCAGUGACAAGAACUACGACGACCAAGCUAUGAUUGCGGCCCGCAUGCAGCCUGACCCCGAAACGGAAUGGCCUCCCUAUCAAGUCUACAUCACUAUUAGUGCGCAGAUUCUGAGGAAACCGUAUUCUGGUAGGGACGACCAAAAAUGGAAUUACGACAAGGAGCUGGAUAACUCAGGGCUUCUACCUACUUGGAGAAAAGAUGGCGAAGACAGUGCAAGAUCUUAUAUCACAAACGAGGAACCAAGAAUGGAAUUUCCGGAUCGAAUGCAUAAAAUGACACUGAUGAGAUUUUCGGGCCUUGCCAAUGAAUACUUCACCUUCAAUCCUAAGGAAGGAGUACUGCCUUUACCGGUAAGAUAUCCUCGACAGCAUAUAAUGGGGGAGGUGCUGCCAGGUUAUCGAGAUGAAAAACACUACUCUAACCCCCACAUGGCCUACAUUCACCGAAAAACGGUCGCAGAAAGAAUUAUUCCUUGGUUUCUAGAAGCGGCAAAGGUUAAACCUCCCAAAAAACCUAAGCACUUCGAUAUUCCCGACAAUCUAAUGGAUAAAAUCCACCUUUAUAACGCCAUGCUCCAACUCGGAAUGGAUCAGUGGCUUAUACGACCCCUAACUCAAGCCCUCUGUGAGCAGAUGUUUCAGACCGAUUUGGUUAACUGCCACCUCGAUGUUUUGGAAGCUACGAUCUGUCGGCUUUACUCACAAGGCUUGCCGAUUCUAGAUCCUGUAGUCAACCAUCUCAUUGGAACUUAUGCGCUUAGGACCCCUGAAGAUCGCCGCAAUGUGCGCGACCAACUUGAAUACAAAAGAGAGAAUGCACAAAGACCUAAUUUCCCUGAAGAUGAGCGGCUAGUGCCUCCACAACUACCACUCCUUGGCCAUUGCAUUAAACACUGGUCAGGGGUUUUGGAAGAUGACACUAUUAGCGCAGCGCAUUUGGGUAACCCCUUGAAUGUUGGGGUAGUUUAUCACAGAUAUGACCGCCCGUACCCUGGCCAGCAGAGUUGA